CUGUUGAGGAGACGUAGCUGUGCUCUUGUCUAUGGCAGAAUGAAAUUAGUGUCACUGUGAACUAAUUGUAACCUGGCCCAGUUGGACAAGUUGUUGCUAAUUUGUGCAGGCUGUUUCUGAUGCUUGGAAGCUACCCUUUCAGCCACAAAGAUGGUCAUCAAUCUUUGCCUCCCACAGUUCAGACCAAGAAUUUAUUGCAACAAGAUAUCAGCUGAUGGUUACGAAGUAGAAAAUCUCAUCUCUGAAGACCUCACAAAGAGAAGUCGUGGUUUUAGGACAGAAUAUUUCAUUAAGCCACCAGUCUAUGUGACAGUUUCCUUUCCCUUCAGUGUGGAAAUCUGUAGGAUUAACAUAGACCUCGCAGUGGGGGGAGGCCAGAAUGUCACAGGCCUGGAAAUGUAUACAUCUGCCUCGUCCAGCAGAGCAUCCUGGAAUGCCCCCGAGUGCCGGACCCUGGGCCUGGCCGAGCCAUCCAUCCCGGACAAGGAGGCAUUCACCUUGGUAGGCAAAGUCUUACUGAAAAACCAGAGCCAAGUGGUGUUUAGCCACAGGGGCUUCAAGGCCAGGCCACCUUUUGGCCCAAUGGAGGCCACACUCCCCUCUCCCGCUGUCGUGACACAGGAGCUCUGGAAUAAAGGGGGCCUUUCUCUUAGCCACGUGGCCCAUCUCAAGAUCUGUAUCACCCACGUGACAGGCAGUGGUAUCCCUUGCAUCAAACGGUUGGAAGUGUGGGGCCAGCCGGCUAAAACCUGCUCUCAGGAGGUGAUAGACAGCGUCCUGCUGCUGGCCUCUGAGAGUCUCCCUCAGGACCUCGCUCUGCAGGCCCCAGCCUUGCCCAUGGAGAGUGACUGCGAUCCUGGAGGCCUGUCUGAGGGCCAGCAGGCCCCCUCCAGCCUGCAGGAGCUUGCUGAGGUGAUCCGGGAUGUGCCCGAGGAGUUCCUGGAUCCCAUCACCCUGGAGAUCAUGCCUUGCCCCAUGCUGCUGCCCUCAGGCAAGGUCAUUGACCAGAGCACGCUGGAGAAGUGUAACCGCAGCGAAGCCGUGUGGGGCCGCGUGCCCAGCGACCCUUUCACGGGGGUAGCCUUUACCCCACAUUCCCAGCCCCUGCCUCACCCCUCCCUGAAGGCCCGGAUCGACCAUUUUCUGCUCCAGCACUCCAUCCCUGGCUGCCAUCUGCUCGGGAGAGCACAGACUGCAUUGGCAGUGACACCGUCUUCCAUUGCUCUGCCCUCUCGGAAGAGGAGGAUGGAGCAGGCCGAACGCGCCCCAGACGGGAGCCUCGGUAUCGACGCUUCCUGUUUUUCUACCACAAGCCUUCUGGUCUCACCCACUACCUCAGAGCACACCGCUAAGAAAAUGAAAGCUGCCAGUGAGCUGGGCCUGACACAUAUGGACUGCUCCACAGGUCCAGUGUCCCAUGAGCAGAAGCUGUCACAAAGCUUGGAAGUUGCCUUGACGUCGACCCUUGGCUCCAUGCCCUCCUUCACAGCUCGGCUGACCAGGGGGCAGCUCCAGCACCUGGGCACAAGAGAAAGCAGCACCUCCUGGAGGCCAGGCUCCUGCUCGGCCUGGGAGCGUCCCAGGCCCCGAGUGCACCUCCUGCAAAAGAGUGUUUUCUCCCUACUUCAAAAAGGAGCCGGUGUACCAGCUUCCCUGUGGCCACCUCCUAUGCCGGCCGUGCCUGGGCGAGAAGCAACGCUCCCUGCCCAUGGCCUGCACAGCCUGCCAGCAGCCAUUUGCCAGUCAGGACGUGCUGCGGGUCCACUUCUGAGUGAUCAGCCUCAGCCUGAGAAGACCCACCGAGGGGAGUCACUGAGGGAAUGGGGUCAAGAAUCCCUGAGGUCUGGCCAGGUCCCAAGCACAGAGGGGCCCUUUCUUCCCCAGGGGCUUUCCCUUUGUCUCCUUCCACAGUGUAGCACCCAGGCCAGGGCCAGAGUGUGGGGUAGAAGGGGGCACUCUUCUCCUGCUCAAGUGGCAAUAGGAUAACAAAGCCAUAAUUUGGGCUGGGAGGGAUGGGGGACCUAUCCCUGCCUUCCUGAGCCUCCCUGUCACCCCCCACCCCUGCCAGAGCUCAGGGGCUGUGAGAGUCAGCCGGCCCC